AUGGAGAGGCAAGUUAGGUUUUGGGUUGUGAUGACCAUUGCGUUUAUUGCAUCUACUGGUCAUCCUACUCGUAUCAAUGCUCGACUUCUCAAGGGCGAGGGUCUACCAGCUAGUGUCAUGACUUUGAAUGAGUUGGAUCAAAUUCUACGUCAAUUUCAAACUAGUCCAAAUUUGGAGCCGCCAAAUCCAACAAUUUCAACCGCUAGUGAGGUUGGUCGGAUCUUACAUAAAAUUCCAUUUGGUCAAAAUCCGGAUGAGCCGUCGGAUCCACCUAUUUCAGCUGCUAGUGAGCUUGAUCGGAUGUUACAUGAAGUAAAUCCGGAUGAGCCAUCGGAUCCACCAAUUUCAGCUGCCAGUGAGAUUGGUCGGAUCCUACGUCAAGUUCCAUAUGGACCAAAUCCAGAAGAGUCGCCAAAUCCACCAAUUUUGGUUGCUAGUGAGAUUGGUCAGAUCUUACAUGACGUUCCAUUUUGUCCAAAUCCAGAUGAGCCGCCGGAUCAACCUAUUUCAACCAUUCAUGAGAUUGGUCGAAUCCUACGUCAAGUUCCAACUGGCCCAAAUCCGGAGGAGUCACCGGAUUCUCCAAUUUCAUAUGCCAAUGAGAUUGGUCGGAUCCUACGUCAAGUUCCAUAUGGACCAAAUCCAGAAGAGUCGCCAAAUCCACCAAUUUCGGCUGCUAGUGAGAUUGGUCAGAUCUUACAUGACGUUCCAUUUGAUCCAAAUCCAGAUGAGCCGUCGGAUCAACCUAUUUCAACCAUCCAUGAGAUUGGUCGAAUCCUACGUCAAGUUCCAACUGGUCCAAAUCCGGAGGAGUCACCGGAUUCUCCAAUUUCCUAUGCCAAUGAGAUUGGUCGGAUCCUACAUCAAGUUCCAUAUGGACCAAAUCCAGAAGAAUCGCCAAAUCCACCAAUUUCGGCUGCUAGUGAAAUUGGUCAGAUCUUACAUGACGUUCCAUUUGGUCCAAAUCCAAAUGAGCCGCCGGAUCAACCUAUUUCAACCAUCCAUGAGAUUAGUCGAAUCCUACGUCAAGUUCCAACUGGUCCAAAUCCGGAGGAGUCAUCGGAUUCUCCAAUUUCAGACGCAAAUGAGAUUGGUCGGAUCCUACGUCAAGUUCCAUAUGGACCAAAUCCAGAAGAGUCGCCAAAUCCACCAAUUUCGGCUGCUAGUGAGAUUGGUCAGAUCUUACAUGACGUUCCAUUUGGUCCAAAUCCAGAUGAGCCGCCGGAUCAACCUAUUUUAACCAUCCAUGAGAUUGGUCGAAUCCUACGUCAAGUUCCAACUGGUCCAAAUCCGGAGGAGUCACCGGAUUCUCCAAUUUCAUACGCCAAUGAGAUUGGUCGGAUCCUACGUCAAGUUCCAUAUGGACCAAAUCCAGAAGAGUCGCCAAAUCCAGAAGAGUCGCCAAAUCCACCAAUUUCGGCUGCUAGUGAGAUUGGUCAAAUCUUACAUGACGUUCCAUUUGGUCCAAAUCCAGAUGAGCCGCCGGAUCAACCUAUUUCAACCAUCCAUGAGAUUGGUCGAAUCCUACAUCAAGUUCCAACUGGUCCAAAUUCUCCAAUUUCAUACGCCAAUGAGAUUGGUCAGAUCCUACGUCAAGUUCCAUAUGGACCAAAUCGAGAAGAGUCGCCAAAGCCACCAAUUUCGGCUGCUAGUGAGAUUGAUCAGAUCUUACAUGACGUUCCAUUUGGUCCAAAUCCAGAUGAGCCGUCGGAUCCACCUAUUUCAACCAUCCAUGAGAUUGGUCGAAUCCUACGUCAAGUUCCAACUGGUCCAAAUCUGGAGGAGUCACCGGAUUCUCCAAUUUCAGACGCCAAUGAGAUUAAUCGGAUUCUACCUCAAGUUCCAUUUGGUCCAAAUUCAAAUGAGCCAUUAAUUUCAGCCAUCAAUGAGAUUGGUCAGAUCCUACGUCAAGAGGAUUCCCUAAUUUCAUAUGCGAAUGAGAUUGAUCAGAUCCUACGUCAAGUUCCAACUGGUCUAGAUCCGGAGGAAUGGCCUGAUUCAUCAAUUUCAGCUGUCAAUAAGAUUGAUCGGACCCUACAAUCCCCACCUUCAACAAGUUCCACAGUCAAUCUACAUCAAGUUCUCUCUGAAUCAGAUCCAAAGGAAUCUCCGCUUCCAGCUCUUUCAGCCAUCAAUUAG